AUGGCUGAAGAUUAAGAUAUAUGGGAAUGUCUCUUUGACUAUUUAAAUCAAGCACAAGACAAAGCUCAAAAUGAUGAUUCUGAAAUAGUUUCCUAUUCUAAAGGGAUACCUAAUGUUGCAAUCGAUCCAUUAUCUAUUGGAGAAUAAUACCCCAGAGUAGAGAUUGCAACGAGAAUGCCUGAUGGAAUGUAUUUUAUCAAUGAUUACCGUUAGAAUUCCAUCAUCCUAUAAAAUGUAGUCUUAGAAAAUGGUCAAAUUUCAAGAAUUUAGAGAUGAAUUAAUCGAUGAGAUAGAUGAAUUUUAUUAAGAGGAUCAACUUGAAGACAUAAGACAAAUAUAUCUCCAAUCCAAUCUAAAGCAGAGGGAUUAUGAAUUCACCAAUAUUUUACCAUUUAUGCAAGAUGAAUUAGCAUUAAAUCCCGGAAUUGAGACAGUGCUUUAUACCAAUCAUGAUAUGUUUAGUGGUGAAAUUGAAAGUGUAAGUUCUGCUUAUCUCCACACCGAUUUGAAAUCCUUUAGCACCACCAAUAUCAUCAAUAGAGGUCAAUUAAUUAAGGAUAAGAGGGGUCCAGAAAAGGUAGAACUUGGCGAUAAAUUACUUUCAUUAGAGAAAUUAGAGCAAUAGAUCCAAGGUUUGGCAGAUUCUGUUUUUCUUUAAAGUCAAUAAAUACAAUAGGAAAGAGAUAUUAGAAGACAGGAAAGAGUGGUUGAAUAUCAAUAAAGAAUUGAAUAUAUAGAUGACAAAUUCGUUAAGGAUUAGAUUCAAUCUAUUAUACACACUUUCCCUAGUCAAAGCGACCCUAAAUUCAAUACAAUUUGGUCUCUCUUUAUUGAUGAAUAAAAAGAAGAACAAAAGCCCAUCUAAUAAUAAAAACCUAAGCAAAUUGAAACUCUUGAAGAUUUAGAGUUCCAAGAAAAUGCCAUUGUGUCAGAAUCUGAUAUACAAAUGUUGUCUACUCUCACUGAACUUUAAAGACAAGCCAGAGAAACUGCUAAAAUUAAUAAUAUAGCUAAUGAUGCUGAUGAUGAAGAAAUCAAAGAGGAAUAGAACACUAUUGUUAAGGCCAAAUAGAUUGUAGAUUUCAAUCAGAUUGACAAUGAACCCACCUUUAUAGACUAGAUGUAUUAUGCUGAGAAGGCAGAACCAGAAAUUUAAGAAUAGGAUCCUGAAAUUAGAAAAUAGAUACAGGAUGCUUUACAAGUGAAAUCGAAAUUCAGAAUAAUUAAAGUCUAAGACAUCAUUAAUAAUUCCAACAAAUUAAUUGAAGACAGGGAUUAUAGAUUUGCUGUUGAGGAUGAAACAGACAUGUCCAAUUUUUAUGAUCAAUUGCCAAAGGCUAAAAUGGCUAAACAGUUCUAAUUUGAAUUAGAUGAUUUUUAAAAGAGAUCCAUUUUGCAUCUUGAAAAAAAAGAGUCAGUAUUUGUUUGUGCUCACACUUCUGCAGGUAAGACUGUCAUUGCUGAGUAUGCUAUUGCAUUAGCAUUUAAACAUAAUAGAAGAGCAUUGUAUACAUCACCGAUUAAGGCUUUGAGUAAUCAGAAAUUUAGAGAAUUUGAUCAGAAAUUCGGUAAUACAGGAGUAGUUACAGGCGAUGUUUCAAUUAAUCCAGGAGUAUAAUUGUUAUUAGACAUUAGGCACCAUGUUUGAUUUUAACAACUGAAAUAUUAAGAAAUAUGUUAUAUAGAGGAGCAGAGUUGAUUCGUGAUAUUGAGUGGGUCAUUUUUGAUGAGGUCCAUUACGUAAACGAUUAGGAAAGAGGUAUGGUAUGGGAAGAAACAAUCAUCAUGUUACCACAACAUAUAGGAAUUAUCAUGUUGUCUGCUACAGUUCCAAAUUAUAUGGAUUUUGCCAAUUGGGUUGGAAGAACAAGGAAAUAAAAAGUGUUUGUGAUGAAAACCUUCACAAGACCUGUCCCUUUGGAACACCAUAUAUUUGUCUUUGAUAAAUUUCAUACCAUCAAAGAAAGAGAUGGAGACUUCUUGGCUUAAGAAUAUAAUGGUCUAAAAGUAAUUGAUUGAUUAAACAUUAAUAGAAAAAAAUAAAGGAAAUCGAAGAUGAAAAGAAAGGAUUAAAGGAGCGAAUUAAGAAAAAUAUGGAUGAAAAGAAGGAUGAUGAACUUUAUAAGAAUACCAAUAAAUCAAUGAGAUAAAAGUUAACUCAAAAAUAGAUCAAGUCUAAAUUUAUUCAAAAUAUAUCAGCUGCCAAUAUGAAAUAAAAGGAUGAGAAAAGAGCUAUGACUUAGUUGAUUAGAUUAUGUGAAAAAAAGGAUUUGUUGCCUUGUGUCAUUUUUGUGUUCUCAAGAAAAAAAAUAAAUGAAUUGGCUGAUUCUAUUACUAAAUAAAAUAGCCUAAAAUUGAUUGAUCAUAAAACUGAGGCUCGCAUUAUUGGAUUUUUUGAUUAGGCUUUGCUUAAAUUGAAAUCUCAAGAUAGAUAAUCGCCAUAAUUGAUCAGAUUGAGAGAGUUAUUAAGAUUUGGUAUUGCAAUACAUCAUGGACAUCUAUUGCCUAUUGCCAAAGAAAUAGUCGAAAUUCUAUUCUCAGAAGGACUAAUCAAAGUGUUAUUUGCUACAGAGACCUUUGCUAUGGGUAUUAAUAUGCCCACCAAGACUGUGAUUUUUCAUUCUGUUGAGAAAUUUGAUGGAUCCAAUACCAAAAGAAUGUUACACUCCAGUGAAUACACUUAAAUGAGUGGUAGAGCUGGAAGAAGAGGAAUCGAUGAAAAAGGAAAUGUGAUCAUUUACAUUAAAGACGCUUAGAACUUACCUGAUGAACUAAGAAUGAAGCAAAUGGUUGACUCCAAGGGAUUAUAAUUAGAUAGUAAGUUCAAAAUCACUUACAGCAUUAUUCUAAAUCUAUUGACUAGUAAAGAUAUUGAUGCAACUGAAAUGAUGAAGAGAUCCUUCCAUGAAAAUUAUAGAUUUGUAUAAUUGCCAAAAUAGAUGCUGAGUUUAGAAAGAUUAAAAAAGGAAUACAUCAAUACUUCUCUGAUUUAAUGUCCUUAUCAAAAAGGAUUGAGAUCAGGAGUAUCGAAGUCAUUGAUUGAAGAAUAUGUGGAGAUCUAAAAGAAUUAUCGAUUCUCUUAGAUUGGCUUCAUUUAAUAAGCCAUAACAUAGAGUAAGACCAAUAUCACUUUCCCCAGAUUUGUUUUAUUUUCUGAUCAUUUUGGAGAAAUAAGCUUGGGAGUUGCUCUCUCUUAAGACUACUUAAACGACGACAUCUAUGAUUAAAACUAUGUUCUCAGACCUUAAGAGAUAAGUAUGUUCUCAAUUAUAUAAUAGCAUAAUUUAAUUUUAGUGUUUUAACCAUCCAUUCUGGAAAUGAAGAUGAGAAACAACAAAGGAGGUACAAGAAAAUUUACUUACAAUAUUAAACAUAAUUUUUAGAAAAAAAGAAAGAAAAACAAAGAAACAAUUAACUUAAAUCUAAUAGAGAAUUUUAUUACAUAAUUAAUAGUGUAACCGAAGAGAGUAUUAUAGACUUUUUGGACGAUCAAAUUAAGGCAUCUAACAAAACAAACUUCUUAAACAUUGAAGUCUAUUAUGAAGAUUACGCUACUUAAUUGUUGGAAAAGCAAUAGCAAUUUCAAGACAUGAAGUAGAUGUUACAAUACAUAUAUGCUCCUUAAUAAUAAAACAAUAAUAAAAAACGACAGGCUGUGCUUACUAAAUUUAAAUAUAAAUUCAAAUCUAAUAAACAAUAAAAUGAUGAGGAAAAUGUUGAAUAGUUCAAAUUCAGAGAAGAAUAAUUAAAUGAAUUGAUUAAUCAAUAAUGUCAAUUUUGUGAUUUAAAAGAUAAACAUUUAUAACAAUUGCAACUCAAAGAGAAAUUGAAGAAUGAUAUGCUUGAUAUCAAAAAAAAGAUUCAAGGAAAUGAUAAUUAGAGUUAAAGUGAUUUCAAUAAUAAGUUGAAUGCCUUAAAAUUAUUAGGCUAUGUAGAUUAGGCAGGAUUACCUCUAAUUAAAGCUAGAAUUGCUCGAGAAUUGAUGGAUUAAAGUUCCAUUUACAUUUGUGAAGUGCUUGUAGAUAAUAUCAUGGAAACUCUAAAACCUAGUGAAAUAGCUGCGUUGAUGUCAGCCUUCGUCUGUCAAGAUAGAAGAAAAUUUGACGAGGAAUUCGAUGAAAGCAACAUUGAAGUUAUGCUCCAUAAAAAAUUUGAUGAGAUUUCCCUUGAAUUAAGUGGAGCUAUUAUAGCCACAUAUGUAUUGAUCAAAAAGACCAUUGAAGAAGAAAGUAAAUUAUUAAAUUGUAAUAUUUAGUGAAAAUGGACGCAGUAGAUUCAAAAGACUCAUCUGAACAAAUAAAAAAUGUUCUCAAUUUUAAUUUAACUCAAGUGUAAGUGUCAAUUUGUUAUUUUUAGUAUCUAUUUGUGGGCUUAGGGUUAAUCAUUUGUAGAUGUUUGCUUAUAAACUGACAUAGAGGAGGGUUCUAUUGUUAGAACUAUUUAAAGAUUGGAAAAUAUGCUUAGAGGUGUAAUUAACGCAUUUAGAGUUAUGGGAAAUUUGAAAAUGGUGGAUAAGGUUGAAAAAGCUUGCCUAUUAAUUAAAAAGGAUAUAGUCUUUGCUGAAAGUCUUUACUUUGACUCAAAUGCUAAAAUCAAAGAGAAAAAUUGA